UGGGAGAACAGACGUAUUUAACCGAUCAUCAUCGGAUAAGUGAGAUCAGCUUCGGCUAGAUGGAAUAUGAUUAGGCGAAGGACUUGACCAAAUCUGGGAAGCUGGACACUUUCAUUUACCAUUGUGUUUUAUUUACGAAGACCGCCAAAGCUUUUGUUUUCUGACUAUAUUCAAGCUGAAACCAAAACAUUACAGACAGUUUAAAGAUUGGCAUCAGGUUUUCCCCGAAUCCAAGAACGACCACGCAAAGCACUAAUUAAAAAAGAACGAUGCCAGCCAGGGAGGGGAAUCUAUAAAUUAUAAGUCCAGGCCUGUUUCAUGGAUUGAAUCGAUGCGAAAUGUUGGGCCUUCUGUUAUUUGCGACUUUCAUUUUUGCGAGCGGGACGAGCUCUUUGGACUGCGGCGAGUGCAAUGUCGAAAGCUGCCCUCAAGAAUGCCAACCGCGCGUCCAAGACCCCUGCGGCUGCUGCGAAGAAGGCAUCUGUGCAAGAAAUGAAGGCGAAUCAUGCUCGCCGACCGAGCCCUGCGGUGAUGAGCUCUUCUGCGACACGUCUAUAGGCUGGGGAGUGUGUAUUUGCAAAGGGGACAACCGGCCGGUGUGUGGACAUGAUGGCAUCACCUACAAAUCAGUCUGUGAUUUGAACAUGAAAACAAAUGCUGGAGUCAAAAAAAUGGGAGCAUGCGAUAUGCCACCGUUAAUUGUCACUGCUCCUUCGAACCAACAACUGCAAAUAGGACAGCCCUUGACUUUAGACUGUGAAGUCAAAGGCCAGCCUGUGCCUUCAGUCGAAUGGCACUUCAGCGGUACUCAGAGCCAGAGUAGGGUCCUGCCAGGUGACGAUGAGAUGACUGCGGUGCAGUUGAGAGGUGGCCCAGAAAGCCUCAUGAUUACUUCUUGGCUGCAAAUAGUGAGCAUGAGGGAGUCGGAUGAAGGUGUUUACACAUGCAUCGCAAAAAACAUUCAUGGUGAAAUCCAAGCUCAAGCUUUGGUCCUUAGAUCCAACAAAGGAAAAUGAAACUAAAGUUAAUGAUGAAUGAAGGACUCUCAAUUAAUCUUCCAAUUGACCUAUAUAACAAUAUAAAAAUAACUUCUAAAAUAUAAAAGGAUAAAAAUAAUGUAAGCCAUAUUUGUCAUCGCUAUGAAUUCUUUGUAACAAUAAAUUAAAAUAGUUUUUCAA